GUCAUGUAUUGCACUACUAAGUCAUACUUGCCCACAUGGUCAGCAGUCACCAACUUCGCCCCUUCCACUUGAUUCUCCUGCCACAUUUUCAUCUGCCCUGCUUUGCAACACCCAGGCGGCAUGGCCGGCAAGUAUCUAUCCCCCGCCGCCUUAAUUCCUCCGCUGCCCGAUGACGUCAGCGUCGCCUGCCUGUCUCGCCUUAGCCUCUGGGACCUCGCGGUCGCGCGCUGCGUCUCGCGUGGAUGGGCGGCGGCCAUCGCGAGCGACGCGUUUCUGCAGCAGCGGAGGGAGCAGGCGCUUGGCGCGCAGCACUCGAGAGUACUGCCGCAAGAUGUGGGGAGCGCGGCGGUGAGGUCGUCCGGGCACUGUGCGCACGGGGAGGCGUUCCCUGGCCGCUGCAUUGACAGCGAGGCGCGCUCUUGUAUCGAGGGGCGAGAGGGGUGUGGCGGAUCUGGAAGUGGAUGUGACAAUAACGGGCUUAACGCGGCGUGCGCGGGCGAGCGUGGCGACUCGCGCGGCUACGUGUGUCUGUGCGCGGCGAGCAGGCGGCAUCCGGGCCGGCUUGACUGGUUCGCCUUCGACCUCUCCGCGCCUGCGUGCCCCAACGCCACCCCUCCCGUCACCGCCGUCACCGCCGCCACCGGCGCCGAUGGCGGCAGCAGCAAGGGAACGCGAUGGACGUUCAGCGGGAGAACCUGCAGCCACCAGAGCGGCCGCAACGAAUCCGGGCUCCCAGGAUCGGGACCUUCAGGAGGAUUGGGGCUUUCAGGGUCGGAAAUCUCAGGGCCGGGGCCUUCCGAAUCCAGGAGCAACGGCCGGUGGCGCCGGUUGCCCCCCCUCCCUCAUUACAACCCCCACGGGUGGCAGCACAGCCGCCAUUUCUCCGCCGCCGCCGUCCCCAUGUGGGGGCUCGCAAUCGCAGGGGGAGUGGUGCUGGGCUCAGGCGAGGUGGUGCGCCACGUGUCGCUGUUUGACUGGCUGGCGGGGCGGUGGGUGGAAGUGCGGCACAGGGGGUUAGUGGGGCGGUUGGACCCGGUUGUGGUAGGAGGGGAGGGGGGAGAGAAGGAAGGAGGGUUUGGGGCCAUUGCAGCGAGUGAGACAACAUCCGUUAUUGAGCUACCCACCCACAACAACCCCUACAUACACGUGGGUCUUGCCACUCACCCUCGGGAUUCUCCUACCCCUGCCAACUGCUCUGAUCAUGGCGCUCCCUCAUCCCCCGCCACAUCCCCCUCCCCAUCCCCCGCCAUAUCCCCCGCCACAUUCCCCGGCACUAUCUCCUCCUCUCCCCCAUCUCCGCCCUCCUUGUCUUCCGCAUGCCCUUCAUCUCUCCCCUCUCCAUCUCCCUUCCCAUCCUCCCCCCUUUCCCUGCCCACAUCUCCGUCCUUAUCCCCUUCACCUGCACACGUGCCCACAACUGCACGUGAGGCUACACCCAGCGUGCCUGUGUCCAACGUGACUGUAACGACGGCAGUGCACCCCUCCAUCUCCCCUCGCUGCUGCGACGUCAUCCGUGCCGGUAACCGCAUCUACGCGCGUUACCGCCACCGCCUCACCUGCUACUCCGACCACCCCACGCCCUCCUCAGCUACAACCCCUGCUACAGCCAGCAAUGGCGGUGGGAGGAGCGUGCUACAGCUGAACGUGCGCAGCGGGGUGUGGGGUCUAGCCCCCCCAUGUGACCCUAUCCACCGCCUGGCUACUGCUGGCAUGCUGGCUCUGAUACCACCAUCGCCUUGCAGACACACAUGCCCCCAUGCUCCGCAUCCACCAUCACCAGACACAUGCUCACAUGGACAUUGCCCUGCAAGCGGCUGGGCGGGUGGCGCUACAGUAGCAGCGGUACAGCACAGCUUGUCUCUUCUGGUCCUUCAGGGAGAGCCCCACUCCCCUCCCUGCACUCCCCCUUGCCCCUCCUGCUCCCAGCGGCGGCAGCAGCAGCAGCAGCAGCAGCAGCAGCUCAAUCAUGAAGAUCCCUCAAGAGAGGAUGUGUGGCGAGAGGGUGCGUGUGUGUGGGAGAUGGCAGGUGGGGCAGGGGGGGGGGCAGCAGGGGGGAGAUACUAUGGGGGGCGCAGCUGAAGCAGGUGGUGGUGGCGGGGGGCAGGCUGUUUGCGCUGGUGCUGCUGGUGGAUAGGGGGAGGCAUGAGAUGAGGGAGAUAGGCGUGCAUGGGAGGGGUGCAGGUGCUGUGGGGAGGGCAAUAGAGCUCCCUGGGGAGGCAUAUGUGGCCCAUGCGGUGGGGCUGUGUGUCUAGAUGCAGCGCAUCUGGUGCUGCUGGUGGACAGGGGCUUGCAUGGGAUGAGGGAGAUAGGCGUGCAUGGCAGGCAUGCUGGUGCUGUGGGGCCCACAAUAGGGCUGCCGGGAGAGGCGUAUGUGGCCCAUGCUGUGGGGCUGUGUGUCUAGAUACGGUGCAUCGGGGGCUGAGGAAAGGGGGAGGCAUGUCAUAGGCGUGUAUAGCAGGCAUGCUGGUGCUGUGGGCCGGGCAAUAGAGCUGCCAGGUGAGGCGCCCAUGCUGUGAGGCUCUGUGUUGUGUAGCUCAUGUGCAUGUAUCAGUUUUCAACACCAUUGUUGCUUAGCAUGAAACUGAGCGGUGCCAACACAGCACAACAUACACUGGCUGGCUCCACAAAAACACACCCUUUGGGGUCAUUUGGCAAACGAAAACUGCUACAGGACCUUAUAUUGAUAUAAUUGGACAAGGAAUCCGCAUGAAGAGGCAGCAGACACAGAAGCACCUAGCUGGCUAGCUCAACAGCAUGAAGCUGUUGGGCUGAGAAAAGCCCUUAGGAUCUUUGCAGAGACUAAGUCCCAGCUGUAGAGACUUGAGACUUUGAGUAGUGCAGCGGAAGUUGAGACGGUUGAACCCUUGUA